GCCACCAAGUGCAUCAUCAAAAUCGUGGAGUUUGCCAAGCGCCUGCCGGGCUUCACGGGGCUCAGCAUGGCUGACCAGAUCACCCUGCUCAAGGCGGCCUGCCUGGACAUCCUGGUGAGGACUGGGGCAGACCGGAUGGAGCUGGAGCAGCCCCGGCGGGUGGAGCGGCUGCAGGAGCCGCUGCUCGAGGCUCUCCGCCUCUACGCCCGGCGCCGGCGCCCGCGGCAGCCCCAGCGCUUCCCGCGGAUGCUGCUCAAAAUCACCGACCUGCGCGGCAUCAGCACCAAGGGAGCAGAGCGAGCCAUCACCCUGCGCACGGAGAUCCCGGGGCCGAUGCCCCCCCUGAUCCGGGAGAUGCUGGAGAACCCCGAAAUCUUCACCGAGGUGGGGGGAGAGGGGCACCCCCCACCCCCAGACCCCCCCGCUGCCCAGGACAGCCCCCCUGGCCCCCCCAAAUCCCCAUAGCACCCCACCCCCAUCCUGGGGAGGUCCCCAAAGCCCCUCCCCAGUGGGGUGGGACAUUCAGAGCUGCCUUCCAGGGCCCCCCCUUUUGCUCCGGGGAGGGGGAGCUCCCCAAAGCGCCCCCCCCUCGAAUUUGGGGGAGGGGGCAGAGACUGACAGAGCAAAGCUAUUGCCUUAAGCUGGGGGGGUCUGGGCCCCCCCCAACCUCAGCUUCAUGCCAAAGCCCCUCAGACCCCGCUGCCACCCCCCCUUGUACCGGGGGGGAAUUGAGGGGGGAGCUCGGGGGCCCAGCCCCUCCCCCCCAAAUUAAUGCCUGACACUCUCGGGGUGCCCCCCCCCCGCAGUUUAUUUAUUGGACACAGGGUGGAUUUUGGGGGGGACACCCCCAUUGCCCCCCCCAGGACAUCCCACCCCCCCUAAUUUGGGGGGACCCCGUUUUUAUUUGGGGGAGGCUGCUUGUGGGUUUUGCUUUUUGAUGUUGUUGGGGUGGGGAGGGACACCCCAAAAUUGCCCCCCCAAACACUACAUAAACCAAAGAUGGGGGACACAAGGUGACCCCCACAACCCCUCCCAUUUUGGRAGGGGGCUCAAGCCAUAGGGUGACCCCAAAAUCCUGGGGUUCCCCCCAGACCCAAAUGCCCUCCCAAAUCUGUUACUCCCAGCCUGGCUGGAUGGGGGGGGCUGGCCUUACUGCCCCCGCUCUUACAUUUGCCCCCCCAAAUUUGGGGGUGCAGAGCCCUCAGGGGGAGCCUGUUACACUACACAGAGGGGCUGCACUUUCACCCCUAUUUAUUCCUCUGCGUUUACAUCGGGCCCCCCCAGCCCGGGGGCCCCCCCGCUGCCCCCCGCUAACCCCACCCCUCUUUUUGGGGGUCCCCCCUGCCAUGUUUACAGCCCACCCGCCCCCUCCCGCGCCGGGGGGGGACACGGGACUUUUCUAUUUUUGCAAAAUAAAGUGAUGGAAAUUUUG